AUGAUUCAGCUGGCCAACAUCCUUCACCAGAAAGGAUUCAAUAUUACAAUUAUUCACAUUAAAUAUAAUUGUCCAAAUCUCUCCAACUACCCUCAUUUCACCCUUCACUUAAUCCCUGAUGGCUUAUCUGAAACUGAUGUUUCCACAUUAGAAUUUGUAUUUCUGUUCAAACUUCUUGACGACAAAUGUGUUAAGCCAUUUCGUGAUUGUUUGGCUCAAUCUUUAUCUGAUGAUCCUAUAGAAUGUAUAGUUACCGAUGCUGUUUGCUCUGCCACUUCUUCAAGACGAGGGUUACCUCUCUAUGAAAGAUUCCGAAAUGGACGAACCAGUUUUGGAGUUCCCACCUUGAAAGUUAAGGAUAUUCCAACGAUCGAGACGCAUGAUCCAGAGGAGGCAUAUCAGGCUAUAGAGAAUUGGGUGGAAGAAACAAAGAAAGCUUCAGGUCUCAUUUUCUACACCUUUAAUGAACUAGAAGAGCCCUUAUGGACACAAGAUCGAACAUCGAUAUCCUGGCUGGAUACACAAUAUGUGAGUUUCGGGAGUGUUGCUGAAAUGCAUGAAGAAAAAUUGAAUGAAGUGGCAUGGGGGUUGGCCAAUAGCGUGCAACCAUUUCUGUGGGUUGUUAGGCCUGGAUUAGUCCAUGGCUCAGAAUGGCUGGAAAUUUUGUCAAAGGAAGUCUAG